UUUAACUAUAUAUAGAAAGGAUAUUUAAAAGACCAAAAAAAUUUAAUUUAUUAAAUAUUAAUGAGACAUAGUAGUCUCUAUAAAGUUUAAAACGAAGACUUAAAUGAUAAAACAAAAAUUAAAAAUCCUGUUGAAGAACAGAAUUUGAAUGAAGAAAUAAAUGCUAACACUCUGAUGCUCUUUUAUCAUCCUCUUUUUUAAGAAACUACUAAAAAAUUCUUAGCAGCCAUUUAUUAAAAGCAAUCAAAUGAUAUUUAGAUAAAGUUUUUUUAAUUUAUAGAACUUAAUCUUAGGAUACAAAAGGCUUUAAUAGAGACAUUUUAAAUUGAAAAAGCAAUAGUUUCUGCACUAAAUGAUUGGAAUAGAGAAUUAACUUUAUUAAAUGUCUAAUAACACUAACUUGAUUAAAAUGGCAUGAAGCCAUUCGAUUUAAAAUAUCACUAUGAUAGCAUAAACGAACUAUAAAUGGGCGCUUCUUUUUCUAUUACUAAUUUUGCUAAAUUAUUAGAGAAUUUAAAAGAACAUAAAUCCUUUUUUUACAGUGAAUAUUCGAUAAGCAUUGAAGUAUUCUAAAAAUUUUUAUUUGACAUCAGCUGUAAUUGGUGCUAAUUUUAUGAUAUUGAAAUAUUUUGCUUCUUUAUAAAUGCAAUUUUCUUACAAAUUACAAAAGGUUAAGAUUUUAAAUUUUGUCAAGUUAAAUCCCUCAACUAAAUUUCUUAUCUCCCUCAGUUAUUCUUUAAAGAAUUCAACUAAGUUAAAUAUGUAUACAGUAGGUAUAUUAAGAAAAACCUCAAAACUAAUUUUAAGAUGUGGUGUGAGUGGAAUUUUUAGAGACUGAAUGAUAUUUGUCAGAGUUUGGUUACUAAACUAGGGCGUAUCUUUGCUCAAGAUUAAAGGACUGAGGAGUAUUCUGUUAUGUUCAAAGAUGCUUUAGAUAAUUUCAAUAGAGAAAUAAUAUAAUCUGCUUCCAAAAAUUAAGUAACAGAAUCUAUUGAAAAUAUGAUUUAACAAACAAAUAUAGAAAACAAUGAAGCAUAUGCAACAUAUAUGAAAGGAGGAAAAGUAAGAAUAAAAUUUACUAAGUAAUAAAGAUCUAUGAGCGAAUCAUAAAAAAUAGAAGAGAAUUAAAUUGAUGAAGAUGAGAAAGGAAGUGCUGAUAAUUUAGAAUAGCUUUACCAUAGUAAAUAAUUUAUGGAAGAAGGCUCUAAAUAGCUGAAUAAUAGCAGCAGUCAUUCUCCUGAUUCUAAAAAAUAAUAAAUUUCUAAUGGAUAAAUCUGUUUAAACGAGAUUGAGAAUAAAAUUAUUUAAAAAAAACUCAAAUAAAUGAAUAAACUUCUCGAAAGAUAAAAUAAUGAAAUAGAUUAAGACUCUUCUUCUCUAAAAGCUGCUUACCGAUAAGCAGAGAAAUCUAAUUCUAAUGCCUUUAAAUAUUUUCAAAAGCUACUUCGAUACAAAAAAGAGUAAUAAAAAAAAUUCAUAAAAAACUAACCUUACGGUAUAACUAGCAAGUCUGUUGUUUAAUAACAGUAAGAAUAGCAAAUUAGCGAGGCAGAAAAAAAUAUUUCUUAUAAAUAAGAUCAGCAGAAUGAAAUUAAAAACAAGUAAAUUAUAGAAGAUUUUUAUAUGUGCAACUAAGGAAAAUUUAAUGCUAAUCAAAAAUUUUAAUUAUAAGAUGAGUUGCUUUAAUAAUAAGGAGAGUUUGAGAGUAAUUUAAAGAAAUAAAGCUAAUCAAACUUUUAUGAGGAUAAUUUUUCUUUUUAUGAAGGAAAAUAAAGAUUUUUGCACAGUUAACUGAAAAAGAAAAGCGAAUAAAAAGUACUUUAAUCAUAAAAUUAAAACUCUAAUCAAAGCUAAAAUUUAUAAAUUACAAACCACAAUAAGUAAUAAAGCUAAAAUACUUCAAGGAGUGUGGUUUAUUCUAGUUAAACCCCUCCUAUAAAAAACUAAUCUUCCAGAGAAUUCUCAGCAGAAAAAUAAAAUAAAUAAAAUUUAAAUCUUGAUCAUAACAUUUAAACUCCUCAUGUUUUAGAUUUGCAUCAAAUUGCACUUUCAAAAGCUCAUCAGAUAUCUCCUUCUAGAUAAAAUGAAAGUGUCUAUGACAAGAAUUCUUCAGUAACUCCAUAUAGAAUGAUUGGGUACAAUACUUCUUAAAUUUAGUAAUAAAAGAAUAGCUAAAAUAAUAAGUUACAAUCAAUAAAUAUAAAUUCUAAUAAAGUUAAUGAGAGUUAACUGAACUCAUCAAAAGUUUCAUAGUAUAGUAAUAAUUAGAAUCCAUCAAAUUUUUAUGCAAAUAUUAACAAUACUGAGACUCCAAAAUAAAAUAAUGAAUCAAUUUUAAAUUACGAAGCUGAUAAAAAAUAGUUAACAGAGAGUAAAUUAUACACAACGAAUUCAGAAUUAGACUAUUCAUAUAUCCAACAACCUAGAAACAACGGUAGAAUCAAUUCUGAGUAAGAUUAUAUAUUUAGAAAUACAAGUCUCGACUAAAAGCAGCCUUACAAUUUAUUUAAUAAGAGUUUGUUUAACUCCUCUAAAAAUAAAAAGAAAAUCAGUUUAGGAGAUAUAAUUAAUCUAAAUUACCUAUAUAAGCCUAAUUUGACUUUUAGCGGAACUCAAACAAACAAAAACAAAUAAAAUGAUCAUCAUGAUUUAUAAAUAGAUAUCAAAUCUUUAAAACCUGAAAACAAAUUUAAUCAAAAUACAUUAUUAACAGAAAGAAAGGGUUAAGGCUAAAAGAUAAGAUCUUAGACAGUUGGUUUAGGUGAGAUUCUACCCUAAACAGUUCCAACUAAUUAUAAUAACGAUUCAAAGGAAAGAUAAUCUGAAGAAAAGCUAAAUAACAGUAAAGUAUACUUGAAACCUAUAUAAGCAUAAUUUACAUAGAAAUACAGAAAAUUAGUUAGCUAAAGUAGAUAUCUUUGGUAAAAAUUUUUAGUAGAAGACGAUUUAUACAAAAUAAAUGAUUACAACAAGUUAAACAGCUUUUUGGAUGAACUAAAAAAUACAAAAAAUAUUGAUAACAUUAAAUAAAUUAUUUUAAAAUAUACAUAAAACACUAAAUAACCUAUAAAAAUUGAAACAUCUUUGUAUUAGUUUAAGAUACCAUAUAAUAGAAAAGCUGAGUUGCCUUUAAUGUAGGGCAAAAAUAUGAAAUUAACAAACAAAAUAUGA